GGGAGGGAGCGGCAGCUCCUCCUCGCCGCGAGUUCUAAGGGCAUCAGGGCCCUCCGGGGGUCAUCUAGCCCAACCCCAGCCCUGCCCAGGCAAAGGAGGAGGCGGGGCAGCCGCGGCGGCAGCUGAGGAGGAAUCGAAAGCGGGGCCGGGCGAGGCGAGCUCCUUCCCGUCGAGCCAGCUGGUGCCGCUUCCUGGGGCGCGAUGAGGCGAGCCGGAGCGCGGGGAGCCCAGGAGGAGGAGCAGGGGCGCGCCCUUGCCGGCGGAGCUGCGGAGCCUCCCGGGCGGGAGGAGCAGGAGGCCCCGGGUGCUUACGUUGUGAUACCGCCCAAUACUGCAAGAAGGAAUCAGUUACAGAGAAUUGCUAAUAAAGAACUGGAAGAACUCCAAAAGUGGAAGGAUCUGCACAGACCGGGACCAAUCAGUUUGACCCCCCAGAAGCUGGGUGGGAGAGCGUCUGAGACUGAAGUGAGGCGAAAACAGCAACUGGAGCACAGCCAAUCUAAAUACCAGCAAAAGUUGAAAAGAGAAGAAUAUGGGAGGAUCAGGAGAGAGGCUGAAGAAGCAGAGCUGUUAAGGAAGAAAGCAAUUCAAAGAGAGAAAGCCAAUAAACUUGAAGAAAAACAAAGGCAAGAACAGUGGCAAAGAAGGCAGAUGUUCCAUGAGGACAACUACAUGAAACCCACUGAGCUCUUGAAUAAACUGGCUUUUGGCCCAUCUCAGAGAACCUCUUGUACAGCAGAAAGCCAUGGUCUGGAAUCUACACCCUGGGCCAGAAGCCGGGCAUAUAAGCAACUCCAGAGACAAGAAGACGACAGAAGAUUGCAGGAGAUGAAGGAGGAGCAGCGGAGGAAGGCAGAAAUGUUGGAACUUAAACAAAGGCAGGAAGAAAGAACAAGAGUAAAAGCCCAUCAGCGUGAUCAGCAGAGGGUGAAUAAUGCAUUUCUGGACCGGCUGCAACACAGUCAUCAACCUGGUGGAACGUGCCUGUCCAGAAGCCUGGGGUAUAUGGAUUUUAGUAGCGACGACUGGGAUUCUUCACGCAGCUCUUUUAUCUGGAUUCAGAGAAGGAAACUUGAAGAAUGACUCCGGGAGCGAUUUUCUGUCUCUGCCUAUUUCCGCUUUGUUCAGAUACUCUGCCUGACCGCCUCUCGCUUCUCUCUUACUCAUCAGCGUUCUAAGCUAUUGAUUUGGUUCUGUAACUCUGAAGGGAUUUCAGAUCAGUUCUCCUCUGGUCUGGUCUUUAUUGCUUACACACUCUGACUAGGAAAAAGCGGGAGAGCUUUUUCCGUAUACCUACUUGUUUUUAACUUAUUGAUUGCUUCUUUGUAUCUGCUUUGAAUCUUUUUUUUUUUUUUUAAAGAUGACAAGAAUUACAAAAUGCUAAAUAAAAGCUCAAAUCCUCUCUG